AUGGUUCAGGCUGAUAGUGCCUCCUCGAACAUUUACCAACCCCUUGAUUUCUCCUUUUUUGACAUAAAAGAGGUUUCAGAUAUUUUGAAAUGCGAGCCGCGAAUACAGCCAGGGAUCCAUUGGAAAUGUCCCAAGACUAAGGAUGGAAAAUGGAUAACAAAGACACUGAAAGCAACUAACAACCAAAUAGAAGAGAUGACAGAAAUACCAGAGAUUGUUCACGAACUUUUUGGAAGUGCUGAAUGGAUAACUUGGUUGGAUUUCUCCUGCAACAAAAUAACUUCAAUCCCUGCUUCUAUCAGAAAGCUUACCAGUCUGAAAGUGAUAUAUCUUCACGGCAAUCAAAUAAAAUGUUUCCAGGAUGUACAGAGGUUGUGUGACCUGGCCGAUCUACGGAAGUUAACUUUGCAUGGAAAUCCAGUCGAGAGAGAAAAAAAUUACUUCCGUAUCGUCAUCGCAAUACUUCCCAAUCUGAUAUCGUUGGACUUCACGGGUAUCUCGAAGGCCGACCACGAAGCAAGUAGACCAUUCGAACGUUCAGGAUCGAGAGGAAGGAAGAGGAGAAACCAGUGAUGUGGAUAAAAACUGCGUCCUUGUAAUUUCCUUGUGUGCAUCAUUGCUCAAAUUAUUUUCGCUGCAUCACAUAAUUCAAAAAAAACAUGUUUC